AAGAAGGAGCCGAAGCGUGCGUGGAGAGGAUGAAGAUGAAAGCCGCGGGAGGCUAUAGUAUCCCACAACCGGCGUCUCCGAAACCCAGGCUUUAGGACGCACGGGGAGUCACGGCACGUUGAAUUUGGCCCAGUUGAGAAAGUUCAGCGACUGUAUACAAUGAUUAUAAAUGGGUCCCACCUGAACACCUCCUCGCCAGACCCCAGUGACACCGUCCUGAACCGGCCGCCGUGGGUUACCACAACUUUGGGGUGCUUCCUCAUCUUCACUAUCGUUGUUGACAUCCUGGGCAACCUCUUGGUCAUCUUCUCCGUGUAUCGGAACAAAAAGCUCAGGAACGCAGGGAACAUCUUUGUGGUGAGCCUGGCAGUGGCAGACCUCGUGGUGGCCAUCUACCCUUACCCUCUGGUCCUCACCUCCAUCUUCCACAAUGGCUGGAACUUGGGUUACGCCCACUGCCAGAUCAGCGGCUUCCUCAUGGGCGUCAGCGUCAUUGGUUCCAUCUUCAACAUCACCGGUAUCGCCAUCAACCGAUACUGUUACAUCUGCCACAGCCUCAAAUAUGAUAAACUGUACAGUGACAAAAACUCUGUCUGCUAUGUGAUGUUAAUCUGGGCGCUGACUGUUGUGGCUAUCGUGCCCAACCUUUUUGUGGGCUCCCUUCAGUAUGACCCACGAGUUUACUCCUGCACCUUUGAACAGUCAGCCAGCUCAGCGUACACUAUCGCAGUGGUUUUCUUUCACUUUAUUUUACCCAUCAUGAUUGUCACCUACUGCUACCUGCGCAUCUGGAUACUUGUCAUACAGGUGAGGAGACGGGUCAAACCAGACAAUCGGCCCAAGCUAACGCCACAUGACGUUAGAAACUUUGUCACCAUGUUUGUGGUGUUUGUGCUCUUUGCUGUUUGCUGGGCGCCACUCAACUUCAUCGGCCUAGCCGUAGCAAUCAAACCAGAGGUAGUGAUUCCCCUCAUCCCUGAGUGGUUAUUUGUGGCCAGCUACUUUAUGGCCUACUUCAACAGCUGCCUUAAUGCCAUCGUGUAUGGUGUGCUGAACCAGAACUUCCGGCGCGAGUACAAACGCAUUGUAGUGUCAGUGUGCACGGCACGCAUCUUCUUCCAGGACAGCUCAAAUGAUGCAGGGGAGAGGCUCAAGAGUAAACCUUCACCACUCAUGACCAACAAUAACCAGGUCAAGGUGGACUCUGUCUGAUCCAGAACUCAGAUGAAUACUGAGAGGACAUCAGCAGAUAUGCUGUGACUGAUGGCUGGGAAAAAAUAAAUUAAAAAAUGGUGGUCAAGAAAAAUACCAAAUAUAAUUAUAAAACAGCUUCUGUCCUCUGGGCUGUCCACAGACUGUCAUACGGUGCUAUCUGACCUCUGAACAAUCACAGUAAAAACAGGGGUCCAUAUUAUCUUUGUCUUUUAUCAAGCACUUUUGUUGGACUCUGCAGUAUCUGUAGUACGGUAAAUAUAUGAUGUUGGUUUUGUUUUCAUGUUUACAGUGAUGAUAUAAAUGUAUCAUGCAUUAUAUAAGUAUUUAUUUUGUAUGAAACGUAAUGUAGAUAUAUAGUAAGAUAUAUCAGGUUCCAGUUAAAUGAAGACAAAAUCUUGAGGCCAAUGAAACAUUUCUACAGAACUUGGUUGAAAAUAAAACCAGAACUUUAUUGAUGAAGUUAACAGAUUUUAAUAACCUCAUUUGUGACACUGUAACACUAAUUGAGUGCAAGCAAUGUGGGUUGCUGCUGUCUUAUUAUACCCUUCAAUACUGUCCCUUUCUCUAAGUGGAAUAUAUAUUUUAGUAAGAAAGAUAUCUCUCUCUAUCUCUCUCUAU